AUGAAGAAUCGUGGGAAAAAUUUCGACGUUGUUCAUCAUGGAAUGGUAUUACUCAGUGAUGGUAAAGGUCGGGGAAGACCAGUACGAUUGGAACUCACAAAAGAAGUUCUUAUCAUUCAAGUAACUGCUAAAAGCGGUCUUUUGGAUGAGAUGAAAGAUUCGAUGAUGGAAAUGGAUAAUACUAUACGAUAUGUUAAAUUACGCAAGAAAAGUAACGGUGGUUUGGGAUUAUCAAUCAAAGGUGGUAACGAUGGUAAUCAACAAGUACCAGUUGUUAUUUCAAAGAUUUUUCAAAAUACCCCCGCGGAAGAAUGUGGUCAAUUAUAUGUUGGUGAUGUGAUUGCUGAAAUAAAUGGACAAUCAACAGAUGGUAAAACUCAUGACGAAAUUGUUGAAAUUUUGAAGGAUAUUGACGAUGAAGUAACACUUAGUGUUAGACAUUAUAUACAAAUUGCUCCUUAUUUAAAUCCAGCAGAUUCGCUUAGAUCUCAUACCGCAAGCGCACUUGACCGUCUCUAUGAACCAAACACUUGGAAGAGCUCAUUAAAAGUGCAAGCAUUGGUUCAUCCAGGUGAUAUAGCUAGUACAGGAAGUACCAUCAGUCGAUGUAUAGCUGAUAGUGCAUCAGAUGAGUGGAAAACAAUGGCAAAAAUCCCAUUACCGAUGGCAUUUAUUACUCGUUAUUUAUGGGGAACUGAUAAAUUAAGAAAUAAUGCGUUCGAAGUUCGUGCGGUGGAUGGCUCAUCGACAGGUAUUAUACAUUGCGAAGAUAAAAAUACUAUGGAACAAUGGAUUAAACAUAUUCAGACUCGUAUCACAUCACUUAAUUAUAAAUCUAUUAAAUUAUCAAAUAAAUAUUUGCAUAAAAGUGAACAGAUUACAUAUAUUGGUUGGGUAAGCGAACGAUUACCGGAAGAGCAUUUCAAGGAUCCACGUCAACGUUGGGAACCUCGAUUUAUCAUCCUGAAAGGUGGCGAACUUUGUAUUUUCGAAUCUCCACCGCUGAAUUCGGAUGAUUUGAAUAAAUGCGUAUCGUUAUACAAAAUUUACGAUACAGCAUUUAAAGUAAUGGAUCGCGAAAAACCAGCAUUAGAUAAACGAGAAUAUUGCUUUUGGAUUGAAACAUCGAUUAAUGGCUUAAAACAUUACAUGUCAGUUGAGAAUCAUCAUCAAUUUAAUCAGUUCGAUGUAGCUUAUCAUCGUUGUUUACGCAGUACUGUUGACAGUUUUCAGACACGUACAUUUGCAUGCAGUUAUCAAGGACGUCCCAGUGGUUUGGUGAUUGAUAUCAAGCAAGGCAUAAGCUUAUAUGAUAUUCCUACAAAAAGUUACUCGUGGCAGUAUCGUUUUUGUGAUUUGGAAUCAUCAUCUGAUGAUGGAAAAAUACGAUUACGACUUAUUUUUCGAGAUGCACGAAGUUCAUCGAAUAAUAAUUUAGAAAUUAAGGAUAUUGAUAGCGACGAACUUUUAUACAUCGUAUACACAAUGCAUGCAUUUUAUGUGACCAAAAUUAUUGGAACGGAUCCGGAUUAUCUGAAAACCAUUCCACUUACGUGA